CGCGUAGCUGCAGCAGCUUGUGUCCACAUAUUCCCCGCUUCUCGUUGUUCCCGUGAAACAUCCACCAGCGGGUUUUGUUGUCUUUUCAAUGGCCUCGUGAAUCAAAGUGCGUGUUUUUAUCUCGUCAGUGGAUUAAUAAGUGAACAUUUACAGUGCGAGUUUGAAGCUGCAGUCAAAUCACGGUCUUGAACAAUAGAUGCCAAUUGUUUCAUCACCAUGGCAACGGAAGAUAAGAAACCAGAGACUGACACCAAACCUCCAGUUGUGCCGUCAGCGUCUUCCAGUCAAAGCAAGUCUGCACCCGCCAAACCAAACUACAGCCUGAAGUUCACGCUGGCCGGUCACACCAAAGCUGUCUCCUCGGUCAAAUUCAGUCCCAGUGGAGAGUGGCUCGCCAGCUCCUCUGCCGAUAAACUCAUCAAAAUCUGGGGAGCUUAUGACGGCAAGUUUGAGAAAACCAUAGCUGGACACAAACUCGGAAUCUCAGACGUGGCCUGGUCCUCUGACUCCAACCUCCUGGUCUCUGCGUCGGACGAUAAAACUCUGAAGAUCUGGGACGUCAGCUCAGGAAAAUGUCUAAAAACUCUAAAAGGCCACAGUAACUACGUCUUCUGCUGCAACUUCAACCCUCAGUCUAACCUGAUCGUGUCAGGGUCGUUUGAUGAGAGUGUGAGGAUAUGGGACGUGAAGACGGGGAAAUGUCUGAAAACUCUGCCGGCGCACUCUGACCCCGUCUCUGCUGUUCAUUUCAACAGAGACGGAUCUCUGAUCGUGUCCAGCAGCUACGACGGCCUCUGUCGGAUCUGGGACACAGCGUCGGGACAGUGUUUGAAGACACUCAUAGACGACGACAACCCUCCCGUGUCCUUCGUCAAGUUUUCUCCAAACGGCAAAUACAUCCUCGCUGCUACACUGGACAACACACUGAAACUGUGGGACUACAGUAAAGGAAAGUGUUUGAAAACAUACACGGGCCAUAAAAACGAGAAGUACUGCAUAUUUGCUAAUUUCUCUGUCACAGGCGGAAAGUGGAUCGUGUCGGGUUCAGAGGACAACAUGGUUUAUAUCUGGAACCUGCAGACCAAGGAGAUUGUGCAGAAACUGCAGGGACACACAGACGUGGUCAUCUCGACCGCCUGUCACCCGACAGAGAACAUCAUCGCGUCUGCGGCUUUAGAAAACGACAAAACCAUCAAGCUAUGGAGGAGCGACUGCUAAGUUCUUCAGCCUUCACGUUUGUUUUUGUCUCUUCGCUAACAAACAGAAAACCACAGCAGAGACAUUUCAGAGACACGCCGGUCUGUCCUCGUCUGUCUUCUGUCUCUGAUGGUGACAGUAGUUACAGUGUUUCUCUGGUGCUUCGGUGUUUUCUGUUGUUAUUUUGUAAUCACUGUAUUAACAUGCUCACCAGCUCUCACACACACACACACACACACACACACUUUGUUUUUCUACAAUAAAUUUAAUGCUCAUUUCUA